AUGUCUGGAGCGGACACCAGCAUUAGCAAUAGCUAUCCUAGGCGUUCUGACUGCGGGCUCAGCGUACACGCUACUCGAUCCGGAAGGGUCGACGGUGCGGAACCAGCCGAGCUCAUGGUCGAUGACCUCCAGGCACCUUUCGUUUUGACACUCAACAAUGGCCCUAGCCAUGUCUGCGGCAGAGACACACCGGUCGAGAUUCUUCCCGAAUCGCCCGCCUAUGUCAUACAAUCCUCGGGUUCGAGUAGCAAGCCCACUGUUGAAAAAUAUGUGGUUGUCGCCACCAACGUUGAGGGGAACCGUUCUCUCGUGGCGGCUAUCGUGCUGCGUCAAGAGCGAGACUGGUCCGAGGCCGUCCAGGAGCUGCGACGUCUUUGCCUACGCCUUCUACCAUCUUACAUGAUCCCGACUUAUUGGCUGCAACUUGGAUCGGUUCCACUGAACCAGAACGGGACGGUUGAUGAGAUGGCGAUCAAGGCGCUGAUCCAGGAAACUCCAGCUGUGGCUAUGCUCGGGCGCCAAAAGGAAACGACGAAGAUCCAAGAUCCAAUAGAAAAGACCAUUGCUAGUGUUUGGGCUGAUGUCCUUGGCCUCAAUCUGUCGGAGACCGGUCGUCAGGACAACUUUUUCGACUUGGGUGGCAGCUCGCUUCAGGCGGUCCAAAUGCUCAACAAACUGCGAAGCAACAAGAUAAGCUUGACGUUUGACUCUUUCUUUCGCAAAGACAGCGUCGAAGAUCUGGGUCAGCAAGCGGAUAUUAUUGAAGACGAGAUGAUGCCUUUGCCCUUUAGUCUUCUUCAGGAUACAGCACUUCGUCAGCAGAUGCAGUCCGUGGAAGAGGCCAUCGACGCAUUCCCACGCGUCUGGGACGUGAGAGGCCUCGAUCUCCUGCGCCUUCGCCUUGCGUUCCAUAUUGCAUUCUUAACUAGUCCCAGCAUGCUUAUCUACGAUGAUGUUUCUGCACUCUAUAACGGCUUAUUGCCGACACCGAGACCAGAAUUUCAACUAUUCGUUCGACAUAUUGCGCAAAGCAAUAGCAAGGAAGCCGAUGACUUCUGGCAACAGUACCUCGACGGGGCGUCGCAGUGCACUCUCAACUUCGCCCCGACCUCUGUGAGCCAAAACAUAAUAACAGCUGUGUUGCCUUUCAGUUUGGAAGAGAUGGCAAAGGGCUUGGGCGUUAGCAUUAGUUCGGUUGUUUACACGGCCUGGGCUUUGGUGCUAGCGCAGCACAUCGGGACUGAGGAUGUAGUCUUUGCCACCACCCUUGCAGGGCGGGACAUACCAGUCGUCGACGCUGACAAGAUUGACGGACCGACUCUAACUAUUGUGCCAAGACGCCACAUGCUGAACCGCCAGAGCACCCUCCGCCAGGCUACUGAGGAAGCCCACAGACAGUCCGGAAGCAUCAUGUCACACUCCCAGCAUGGAAUGCGUCGUAGCCUCAAGGCGGCGUCUCAACCCCUCGAUAUCUUCGAUACCAUGAUCAACAUUCUCCCGACCCGUGACGCACAAGCUGAGACUACACACGUUUUCAAGGCUGCCGGAGAAUCUGUGACAUGGGAGAGCGAGAUGACCACGUUGGAACUACGUCAAGUAGAUGGACAAGUCAAGAUUCGAUUCAACACUACUAUGGAACGCCAGCGGGCCGAGUUCAUCGUUAGCCAAUUCGCUGUUGCCUUGCAGACCAUCUUCCAUGAGCCAGAACGGCCCAUCUCAACCUUGAACUUCAUCACACCAGCCGAGCUUGCCAUGCUCCAAGAACCGGUUGAAAUGCCUACCGACCUGCCUCCAAACAUGCUCACGAACUUCGACAAGAUGGUUGAGCGAUAUCCCCACCGCAUAGCACUUCAACGGCAAAGUCUUGAGUCCUACAGCUAUGACAGGUUGAACCGGGUCUCAAAUCAGAUGGCCCGCCUCUUAAGACAGUAUGGCGUUGCACCUGGCGAUUGCGUUACGGUAUUGCUCGAGAAGUCUACCAUGAUGCUCAUCUCCAUUCUUGGAAUCCUCAAGGCAGGGGCUACUUAUGUUCCACUCAGCCCGGACAACCCAGCUGACCGAAACUUGUUCAUCAUCAACGAGGCUCAAGCGCGGCUUACUGUCACCGAGCAAGACGUUGAGCAGCACACGGUCGUAGGCAGAACGCUGCUCGUCGAAGAUGUGGACUUGACUCAGUACUCGGAGGCGGCUAUAGGCAUUAACAUCCCCAGCAAGAGAAUAGCCUACAUAAUAUACACCUCGGGCUCAACAGGACUUCCUAAGGGUGUGCAGAUGUCGUACGGUGCGGCUGCCGCCGGGAUCCAGAGUAUGAUGGCGUAUGAAGGUCGAAUUCUGGGCUCCUGGCGUGCGCUGCAAUCCUCAAACUGCAUCUUCGAUGCCAGUGUUCUUGAUAUCUUCAACACGCUCAACUCAGGCAGCACGCUCUGCAUGGCGCCAAAAGACCGACUCCUUUCAGACCUCGCGGGUGUCAUGAACGAGAUGCUUGUGACCCAGGCCUUUCUAACCCCCACCGUCGCGCGACUCUUGCGUCCCGAGGACGUGCCGUCCCUUCGACACAUCAGUGUCGGGGGUGAGGCCGUCACCAACGACAUCUUGGAAAUAUGGGGCAAGGAUGUCCGCCUAGUCGAGUGUUUCGGACCGACCGAGACGGCCAUGAUGGUAACCAUGCGCGACAUGGCAUCUGAUCCGAACCCGCGCAACCUAGGGCGUCUCUUCCCGACAACUCGCGCCUUCAUCUUGCAGAGGGAUGGCGAGGAGCUCGUUCCUUACGGUGCCAUCGGCGAGCUUUGCUUGGCUGGACCCCAACUCGGCGAGGGCUACCUCAAUAGGCCAGAAGUCACAGCCGCUGCGUUUGUGGACAUCAACCUAGGCGGAUUCUCUAAGAUAUACCGCACUGGUGAUCUGGUCCGGUGGAUGCCCGAUGGAGAGCUCGAAAUCAUCGGGCGAAAAGAUCAUCAGGUAAAGAUAAAUGGCCACCGCAUCGAGUUAUCCGAGGUUGAAGAGCAGAUAAUGGCAACGGGGCUCCCAAAACAAUGCACUGUUGUUGUGGCUGACUUGGAGGGCAAGCCCCAGCUUGCUGCAUUUGUAUCCUUUGACCACUCGAGCGACACCAAAGGCAUCCAACAGCCGGAACAGUAUGUGGCUGUUGUUUCCGAACUCAGAAGCAGGCUUAGUGGCCUUGCCCACUACAUGUAUCCCAAGGUUCUGUUUCCUUUGCUUACGAUGCCCCUGACGCCCUCGGGCAAAUCUGACAGGAAGCGUUUGGUGUCUUUGAUUAGCGAACUCGGCAGCGAGGAGCUAGUUAAGUAUAACUUCCAAGCGUUUGGUGGCACCACAACUACCGUAGCAACUUUCUCAUCGGCCGAGAAGUUCCUCGAGUCAGCCUUCCACCACGUCUUAGGAGUUGACUAUAAGCUUCUCGGCCGCAAUGCAAACUUCCUCUCCGUCGGUGGUGACCCCAUCACUGCCAUCAACCUCUCAGCGUACGCCCGAAAACACAAGAAAUCAAUUUCAGUCAGCGCCAUUCUGAAGAACCCGAGGCUGUGUGACAUGGCGGAGCAUCUCAUCUCGACGGCUGAGAGUCAAAAGAUAGUGGAGGGAGUUGUUGCAACGCGGGGCGUGUCUAAGCACCCUGUCGUACUCGAGGAUAUGAAGAGAGUUGGGUUGAGUGAGGACAAUGUCGAAGAUAUCUACGUAUGUCCUCCCGGCCAAGCCGAGUUCUUGAGCCGAGGCAGCGAUGUGUCCCAAGGUUGGGUUCUCAUGACAGUCCGACCGCUACCGUCCCCGCAUGAUUUGCAGGCCCGGGUGUCUGCGGUGGAGCGUCUGACAGAGGUUGACGACAUUCUCCGGACCACUUUCACCCGUCAGGGCAGCACCUGGUACGGCGCCGUGCUCAAGAACAGCAAGAUCACGAUGGAUUUGAUCCGCGUCGCGUCCGACGAAGAGAGACAGAAGGCAAUUGACGCCACCUACGCUUCGCGCUUUCGCUUCGGCGAGCCCUUUAUCCGCUAUGCCGCCAUCCACAAUUCGUCAACGGGUCGAGUCGAAAUAGUCACCAAGAUGGAUCAUGGACUCUAUGAUGGGACGCUUCUGCGCACUAUGCACACUACCUACAUGGCCGGCCUGGAUCGUCGGAAGCGCAAUGAUGCCCUAGCCUACUCCACGGAUGCAGAAAGAUUCCCAAAUGCGGCUGUCCGUUACCCGAACAUCGACGGCGAGCCGGCAGCCACGCGUUCGGUAGUCGUGCCAGGCCGCGUCGACGGCCUCAACGCCCUGGCCCGAGAUGCAAACGUCACGGUUGCCAUACUCUUCCAGGCAGGCUUCCAGGCGUGGUUGGCGCGCCAGACGGGCCGGCGGGCCGUGCACUUCGAUUAUCUCCAGACCGACGUAAAGGGUUCCAUUGGUGCUUAUCUCCAGCGCACACAGAGCGAUUUCUGGGAGAUGGCGGAGCACGAUGUCGUAGGGCUUGACGAUAUUUACAAGUUGGCAGGCGUUGAUCGCGCGCGCUACGGAAACAAGGCGCUCUUUCUUUUCCAGCCGUUCGAGCCGGUACCGGAGCCUACGGCGGUUGGCGGGGGAGACGGGGAGGCCGGUGACAUGCGAUGGGUGGUAAUGGCAGGCUCCGAGGUCACGAUGGUGCAGCCGUACGGCUUGGUGGUUGAGGUGCACAGACUGCAGAUGACGGACGGGUACAAGAUCAAGGUAACAUAUGAUGAGAAGUUCAUUUCAGAAACUGGAGCGAAGGAGUGCGGCGCGGGUAUUUGGGACGUAGUUACGGGCAUUAAGGAAUUCGGCGUUGACGGCGAUAUUGAAUUGUGUCCAAUCUUGCGUAUCAGUCCGUACGAGCUUCAUGUCAAUGAUCCGGAAUUCUACGACGUCUCAUAUCGCCAAGAUGGACGUUGGGACAAGUAUGCCUGGGUUGUAGAUGCAACUGUCGCCUGGGCACGACUAUAUUUCACGCUCGCUACAUUGGUCCAGAAGUUCGACUUUCAGUUCAUCGGCGCUAAUGCCGAGGGUUUUCAUGCCAGAUAUGACCAUUCCAUUAUAGGAACAAAGGGUAGAGGUACGCUUAUGACUACCGUUUCCUAUCAUCGACAAUACCCGAAUGCUAUGAGCGGAGUAAACUGCUCGAGGAGUUGA